AGGAUUGGAUUCUGCAGCACUAGAAAGACAUCGUGUUAUAAAGCAAGCGACCGGGGAGGCAAAUCGCCCCGGGACAACAGCGAUAGGACCCGGGAACAAACCACGGGAGAGCGAGCGGCGCUGAAGGGGUCCCUGCAGUUCAGCGUUCCCUCCCCAAUGCCUCACUGGGAAAGCCAGCCCGCUGCAUACUGGUCCUGCACUCCCAGUUCAGAGGGAAUGGGAACGGCGGGGCUGGCUCGAACGAUGGCGGGGCUGCGUGCCAGCUCUUCGGACCCCCCUCCUGCUCUGACGCCCCCCCUCCCAGCGGGCAGCGGGGCUGACACUGGUCACAGGGGAUAUCAAGAAUGGACCGACCCUUCCUUCUCCGGCCCAGCCCAGUUGCCAUGGAGACCGAGCGCAGUGCCGCCCCCUCUCUGCCCCGUGGGGCGCUGCAAUUCCUGGGCUGCAGAUCCGCACAGCUCAGACUCACCGCCUGGGGGCAGCAGCGAUCCAGACCAGGCAUUUCCCAAACCAAACUCGGGGACAGAAUCGAAGUAUGGAUUGGAUCCGGAUUCGAUUCCCAAUGUGGUGCAGGUUUUGCAUGAUGACGAGGAGUUGUGGGGGACGCAGUUCUUCGUCACGGACACUAGGGGGCAGCUUCCUCCUCUCUCCAGCACACACUGCACAGUGCAGGACCGGGGCAACGCCAGCCCUCGAUUCCUGCGCUGCACCUCCUACUCCUUCCCCAGCUCCCCUGAGGCGGCUCUCCUCUCCCAGCUUCCCCUAGCUGCCAUCGUGCAGCCGCUGGCCAGGCUGGCUCCCGGGGAGGUGAGGCAGAGAGUACAGAGAGCCUUCGCACAGCUGUGGAGUCAGAGUUGUUAUUGGAAUUGCAAUGAGACCACAUAUCUUCAUCAUUUUGUGGGGGCGCACAUGAACCCCUUUAUGGACUUCCAGGACUGUGGACAGAGGUUCUACUGCCCCUUCUGUGCCUCGCUGUCUGAGGGAGUUGAUGAAGCAGAGUUCACCCCCCUGGUCUCUGAGGGCGGAGCACCAGCCUUCAUCUUCCUCAUUGAUGUGUCUGUCCAAGCCGUCCAGCAGGGGACAGUCUCCCUGGUGUGUGAGGAACUCAGGACACUGCUGGACAAACUGCCCAGGGAUUCCGGGAUGGAUGAAUCGGCGCUGAGCGUGGGGGUCGUGACCUACGACAGGACCCUGCACCUAUACAGCUUAAGCCCCGCCCUGUCCCGCCCCCACAUGCUGGUCGUCAUGGAGAUGGAAGAUCUGGAGCUCCCCCUGGUGGAGGGGUUGCUGGUGCCUGUCAAGGACUGCAGGGACAUCGUUGACAGUCUGCUGGCUCAGAUCCCGUCGCUCUUCGCUGACACCCAGGAGGCGGUGGUGGUAUUUGAACCCGUGUUGCAGGCCGGCGUGCAGCUACUGAAGGACACUGGCUGUCCAGGGAAGCUGCUGGUUUUUCACACCACGCCCCCUGCUGGAGGCAGUAAGCCUGGCAACAGGACGGACUCCGGGAUCUUUGGCGCAGCCAAGAACAAGUCUGUGUUCCAGCCCCGUGACUCCUGUGUCUCCGUGGCUGAGUUCUGUGUGUCUCAGGGCUGCAGCGUGGACCUCUUCCUGUUCUCACAGGAACCUGUGGGCAUGGCCUCGCUGGUACAUGCCUCCGACGUCAGCGGGGGUGGAGUCUACAUGUACAGCAGCUUGCAGGGACACUCUGAAUUUUCCCAGGAGGAGGCAGACCGGGAGCGGUUCCGAAUGGACCUGCGGAGAAAUUUCCGGAGAGAGAUCGGGUUUGAUGCCGUGAUGAAGAUCCAUGUCAGUAAAGGUCUGAUGGUGUCUGGCUGCUUCGGGCCCCUGAGCGUGGGGACUGGGGGUCCCAGCGAGCUGACCCUGGGAGCCAUCGACUCGGACAAGGCCUUCGCUGUGGAAUUCACUCACCAGAGCCAGCUGGACCCGGAGAGGGGGGUGGUGAUCCAGUGUGCCUUGUCCUACACCGCCCCUAGUGGCCAGAGAAGGACCCGGGUCCACACCCUGUCUCUGAACUGCUCCUGCCACCUGGUGGACACUUUCAGGAACAGCCAGGCAGAGACUCUUCUAACCUACUACUGUAAGAAGGUGUACUCGGCUGUGCUGUACUCCUCCCCUCUCUCUCUCCGUGACACCCUGCUCUCUCAGCUCACUCGCACCCUGGCCAGCUACCGACAGCACGGCUCCACCAGCAUCGUGUCGGCAGGGCAGCUGGUGCUGCCCCAGUUCCUGAAGGUCCUGCCCGUCUAUCUGAACUGCCUGAGGAAGAGUGAGGUCCUGCUGCCGGGUCCUCACAGCACGCUGAGUGACAGAGUUCUCUCUCAGCUCGUUGUCGCCAUGGACACCGCCGAGACCGCCGCCCACUUCUACCCCAGGCUCCUCCCCCUGCCCGUGUCUGGCCAGCCCUUGUCAGCAGUGCGAUGUUCUCAGCGCAGUCUGGUCCCCGACCGCGUGUUCCUGGCAGAGGACGGGCGGGGUCUCUUCCUGUGGGUGGGUGGCUGUGUGUCCCCCCAGCUGGUGCAGAGCCUCUUCAACGUGCCCUCCUUCCAAGACCUGCGCUGCGGAGCGUGCUCCCUGCCUCUCCUGGACACCCCCCUGUCCCGCAGCGUGAGGGGAGCCAUCCAGACUCUGCAGGAACACAGAGCGCGACACAUGAAGUUGUUUCUUGUGAAGCAGGGUGAAGAGUCUGAGGCUGUGUUCCGGCGCCUCCUGGUGGAGGAUAGGAGCCCCAAUGGCGGUGCAUCGUACCCUGACUUCCUGUACCACGUGCACGUGUCCACGCUGCAGCUGCUCACAUGAACGCCACACACCCCAGGGCAACGCCAGUGCCAACUACAGCAGCGCCGGAAGAGAUUGAAAUUAAAAUCAAAUCUUUGUUCCAUUACAAU